CAAGCGAGACGCAUACAACAGCACAGUGUGUGAACAGCUACAGUCCUAAAAAAAAAAUGAAAUUUCCUGUUGCUGCGAUUUCAUUCCAAAUUUUGGUGCUCAUUUUGUUUGCAACACUUGCAAGAUAUGAUCCUGAGCAGACUGGGCCUGAAACAGGGAGUGUAGCAAAAAGCGAAGAUCAAUUUCGGCUAUACCCAGCAUUUCAAGAUGUGAAUGUGAUGAUAUUUCUUGGCAUUGGCUAUCUGAUCAUAUUCUUAAAACGAUACGGCUACAGUUCUGUUGGUUAUAAUUUCUUCAUUGGAGCUAUCUCUGUCCAGUGGUAUAUCAUUGUAGCAGGAUGUUUACAUCAUCGUGGGGAAACAGGCUUUGAUAUUGACCUCAAUCUUAAAAGUUUAAUUACAGCUGAGUUCGCUGCAGCAGUUGUUCUUAUUUCUUUCGGUGUGUACAUGGGCAAGGUGAAUCGUGUACAAUUGCUUGUAAUCAUGGUUAUUGAAGUCGUUAUGUUCGCAGUCAAUGAAUUCAUUUUGUUGGAAGAACUGAAAGUUGCUGAUGCCGGUGGAACGAUGGUUGUGCAUAUCUUUGCGUGUUACUUUGGUAUGGCUGUAACCUUCGUGAUUAAAAGACCCGAAGACACUAAUAAUAAUCCAAAAGAAGCUCCAAUAUAUCAUUCAGAUUUAUUUGCAAUGAUCGGCUCUCUUUUCCUAUGGUUAUAUUGGCCAUCAUUCAACAGUAUCUUGGUUGUUCCUGGUAGGGACCAACAACGAGCUGUUUUAAACACCUUUCUCUCAUUGACCGCUUGUACUGUAGCAGUAUUUGCAACCUCUGCUUUCGUGAAUAAAGAAAAAAUACAGAUGGCACAUGCCCAAAAUGCUGUUCUUGCUGGAGGUGUUGCUGUUGGUACAACAGCAAACAUGUUGAUUCAACCAUGGGGAGCAAUUCUGCUUGGAACUUUGGCUGGUAUUAUCAGUGUUUGUGGAUUCUACUAUGUUCAGCCAUAUUUGAAUGAAAAACUUAAACUUCAUGACACAUGUGGCGUGCACAACCUUCACGGAAUGCCUGGAUUGUUAGGAGCGAUUGCAGGGGUAAUUGCUGCAAAACUUGCUGAUAUCGAUGAUUACAAAUUAAGCCUGGUGCAAACAUUUGCAGCUAUGAAGGAGGGUCGUUCAUCAUCGAAACAAGCUGGUUAUCAAACAUUGGCUAUCCUGAUAACAUUAGCAAUUUCCAUCGUGUCUGGUUUGAUAACAGGUUUUAUUGUGAGAUUAAAGAUAUUUGAUCCUCCAACGCCUGAGCAACUGUUCGAUGAUGAAGAUUUCUGGGAUUUGCCUGACAUGAGCAUAGAGUCCAAAAACACGGAAAAAGCAGAUCCAAAUGAAAUCGCUCUUCAACCGAUUGCAUAAACUUUCUCACCUGAGAUUUCAAACUUUGGCAUAAUAUAUAUAGUGCACCUAUAUAGGCAUCUCAUCGCUCAUUUGUAUUAAUGUAUUUUUGUAGUUUUAUCCAACCAGUCAACCACUUAAGUAUAUGAACAAAAUGUAGUCAAAUUUCUGAUGGCGUGUCUACAGGUUGUUGUUUUCAAUUAACGUAAAGCAUUUUUUUAUAUCAAUUCUAUUUCCAGUAAUUUUUCUCCUGCAUGGGUGGUGAAUAUUUUUUCUUAGCAGUUUUGCAACUGCAAUACCUAUAUAGAUUGUAUUGUUGUAGUUAAUUAAUUGUGCAUACUUGACUCUGUGUAGUAUUCGUGAUUUGUAUUGUGGGCGACACUUAUGGUGGGCGACACUCUCGAAGUUAUUGCGAGGAAGUGAAAGCGAGGCCUUACUUCUGUACAGAAUGCGCAAAUUACCGUUUAUAUAAGAAUAUAAUAAUUUUUCCGUUAUGAAUAUAACUAGUAAACAUUACAAUACCUUAAAAUUAAUAUAAUAAUCUAGUUAUACUAAUCUUUAAUCUUAUUUUACCUAAAUGGAUUACAUUUUAUCCUUUGGUAUUUGCUGGUUAGCAUCGACGUAGCGUGCGGCGGGUCAAAC